UAUGUUCAACUUAAUAUAAUAAAAUUUGUCAUCUCAACCUGAACACUGGAAACGAACUAUAUAUUUCUGUUUACAUGAGCAAAUAUAAAUCUUUUCUCUAUAAGAAAAAUGGAAUAUAUCAACAAUCCGACAUAUAAAUACGAUACUGCUAUUGAACUUGAAGAAUUCAGAGAUGAUGAUCAGCCUUAUGUAAAUGAAGCAGCUUUAAAUACAUAUGAGGUAUUACCUGAAAAAAAUACUCAUAAAUCGAGAAAAGAAUACAGAGAGCAUGUAUAUAGUGAUUUGGUAGAACAGGAGUUGGAUUAUGAAAAUCUAGAGAAGUUGAAAAGAGAUCCAGAAAAAAGAACUGGAAUAUUGACUCGUGAAAGCGAAGAUGAUACUGAAUUCAGUUCUUACAACAUACGCCAAAAGUCGCCUGGCAUACAGCGCAAAGACGUGAGAUCAGACUAUGAAACAGCAUACACAACUCCUCUGCAAACCCGUUACCGAGCUAGUGUUUAUAGCAUUCUACGGAAACGGAGAUUUAGUUGUCUAAGAAGAAAAUGGAAAAUACUGUUGUUACUAUUGAUCAUUUUCUUGCUAGUUACAGGAGUUGUAAUAGCCGUCAUUCUUGUCACAACGACCGAACAACCAGUUGAAAAUACUCUCAACGUUAAACAAGAAACAACUACAACGUAUCUUUUGGAGGGCCCCAGUGGCAGUUCGGAGGGCUCUGGUAGUACAGAGGUCUACGGUAGUACGGACGGCUCUGGUAACAGUACGGAGGGCUGUGGUAGUACGGACGGCUAUGGUGGCAGUACGGAAGGCUCUGGUGGUACGGAUGGAUACGGUAGUACGGACGGCUCUGGUGGUAGUACGGAAGGCUCUGGUGGUACGGAUGGCUACGGUAGUACGGACGGCUCUGGUGGCAGUACCGAUGGCUCUGGUAGUACGGAGGGCUGCGGUAGUACGGACGGCUCUGGUGGCGGUACGAAGGGCUCUGGUGGCAGAAUUCCUGUUUGGGAUGCUUCAUGGGAUGAUGAGUUUGAUGGUUCGUGAAGUUGCACUUGCGGAGAAUCAAAUGAGAAAAAUGUUCCUUGUGAGCACAAAAUGGCGGAUUUGAAAUGAAAUCAUCAAACUUGCGAAUUUUAAAGAGUUUAUAAAUAUAUAUUGAAAAAGCACAUUGAUUGGACGUAUUUUACAUAGUCCUAAAUACAGACAUAAAGAUUAUCCAAAAUUAACACUUAUUGUAAAGUUUAACUACUAUGUUGACACUGAAACAGUCGUGGUUUGUACAAGGACCAAAAUAUCAGAGUAGACAGGGACAAUCGAAGAGAAAUUACAAACGAACGUAAGCAUUUUGUACAACUCUUCUGAAACUAAAAAGGGAUGACUAAAUAUCGAAAAAUGCAGAAAAAGUGUCAAACUAGGUUUUUCGUCAAGGGUAAAAUGGUUUAAGACAUGUUUCCCGAUUGGUUUAGCGUACUACGUUACAUAACAGUAUAGUAGCAAUAUCAAAGGAGGGAUUCAAAGGCGACAAUACCCCUUGUUCAUUGUCGUGAUUUAUCUCUUUAUCCACUUUUUUUACAUAGUUAUUAGGGAGUUCAUUUAGAUUCUUUUAUAAUGGUCUUGAGCGCAUUUGAAUACAUGUUAGCACAUUUUUGUACUGGGAGCUGAAAAGUGACAGCAAGUGAUAGAAUAGGGGAGAUUAUGUAUAAAAAUUAACUUGCAAUAGCUUGAAAUUUGAUGAAAUAAGCUGCAAAAUGCUUCAAAUUGUUCAUACAUAAUUAUCAUCUUCAUUCUAAACUGUUUUAUUAAUACAUUUUCCGUUGACAUAGCUAGGAAUGAUACAUGAGCCAUAGCAGUUAUGCUAGGAAUUCAGCGUACUUGAACGAGACUGAUGUGAACCAAUUAUUGAAUGUAACAGAUACGUCUAGAGGAAGGACGAGAUAUUCGAAACUAUACUGAAACCGGCAGAUAUGAAUACAAAUAAAAAUGUGAACACAAUAUCACAUGACAACCUGUUGAUUUAAACAUACAAUAUACCUGAAAUUUAACUUAUAACAAAACAGUCCUUACCUGACAAAAACCAAACCAAAGGUUGUAAAUACAAGUGGAAGGAAGCCGUCAAAAAUAUCCAAAUGUACAUGUAAACUAAAGAACAUAGACAAAAAUACGUAGAAAACAAGCUUCUAUGCCGAGAAAGAGCCAAGACAAACAUGUAAAGCAAAACUGCAAUUUUUUUUAUUUUUUUUUUGUAAAUCCACGGGUUUAAGGAUUUUUAAUUGCACAACUGGUGCAACCAAAAGUAAAGCUACAACGUC